AUGGAAACUGUUCCUACAGACUACGGCAAACGAGUUUACCAAGGAGUGAGAGUAAAACACACAGUCAAAGAUCUCCUUGCCGAAAAACGAUCGAGACAGACAAGCGGCUCCCGAUUCAGCGGCAGUGCCAGCACCUCCCCGUCUCCAUUUGUCCAAAUGUCGGCAGGCUCCACUGCCAUGUCUGGUUACUAUGGAGUUAGGAGAUCAUUCAUGUCCGAUUUGGAUUUCCACAACACUAAGCCGCUUUCAAAUGAUGUUUAUGCUUCAUCCCUGGGAGCAAAGUCCUUUCCGUGUGACUCCUCUGCCGUUCAAGGGUACCCGCCGCUACUGGACCCCUAUUUCACCGAGGACUAUCGCGCCGCUGCCGUAACACCCAGCACCAGCUCCCUUUUCAGCACCUCCUCGCUGCCCCCGCUCCUGCCGCCCUUCCCCAAUGACUCAGCACAUUUCUUAAUAAGAGACUCCUGGGAGCAGGGCAUGCCCGACAGCCUCAGCCAGUCAGAUGCCGUGUGCGCAGAUUCCCUACAAACCUUGCCCACAACUACCAGCUGCCUCACCUCUCACGAGACUGGAAGCACUUCCCAGUAUAGAAGCUCAAGCUGGGGUUCUGCCAUCCCAGGAGCCCAGUCCUACCCUUUGCACGCUUUUGAAGACGUCCACUACGUACCCAGUUACCCUGCCACCUCGUCCUAUUCCUUUUCACCAUUUAUGGCUGUAGCGAAUGACCUACCUCCCAAGAUGCUCCACCUCUCAUCAGAAGAACCCUUAGAUACAACCUCCCUUCAUGACAACUCCUCUUGGGCAAAAGAAGACGGGAGUCCAGUCUGGGGGACAUAUGAAUGCCGAAGAACUUAUUGA